AUUCUGUUGUACACAAAGAAGAUGUUUUUGCUGGCUCUGUAAGCACAAAAAGGGAAGAGGAAAAUUGUUAAAGGCAGUGUGGAUAUGACUUGAAUUUUUCAGCAGGCUCUCAACACUAUUACUAGGGGUAAAGAAUUAUCUCCUUCCUGCUAGUUUUCCAAUAACUUCAAAAAGGAAUUAAGGUUGAAAUAACCUCUUUCUGGCCAGAAAGCUGGUUGGGAGAUGCCUCACGAUGGAUAAAGCCAUUCAGCACCCCAGUGAGAUCCUGUCCAAUCAAACUGUCUCUAACUUUAGCUUUUCUCAGUUUUUGAACUUUGACACAUGCCAGCUUUCCUUCCUUGCAGAGUUCUUGCUUAUCACAGCUUACACCUUAGUUUUACUGGUGGGGCUUUUUGGAAAUCUUUGCUUGAUUAUUAUAAUAAAGAGACGGAAAGAAGCUCAAAAUGUUACCAACAUUUUGAUUGCCAACCUCUCUAUAUCAGAUGUCUUGAUCUGUAUCAUGUGUAUUCCUGUCACAGUUGCAUACACCUUAAUGGACCACUGGAUAUUUGGGGAAGCAAUGUGUAAAAUGGGUUCUUUCGUACAAAGUUUAUCUGUCUCAGUCUCCAUUUUCUCACUUGUACUCAUUGCUGUUGAGAGGUACCAGUUAAUUGUGAACCCACGUGGCUGGAAGCCUAAUAUUUCACAUGCUUACUGGGGAAUUCUUCUCAUCUGGGCGCUUUCCCUCGUGAUAUCCCUUCCUUUUUUAAUAUUUCACCAAUUAACAGAUGAGCCCUUCAAACACCUGUCUUUCCACAGUGAUUUCUACAAGAACAAGGUUGCUUGCAUCGAAGCAUGGCCAUCUCUUACAGAGAGACUGAUUUUCACCACCAGCCUGCUGGUUUUCCAGUACUGCUUCCCACUGGGGUUUAUUUUUAUCUGCUACCUCAGGAUAUUUGUAUGUCUUCGAAGGAGACGCUUUAAAAUAGACAGGAUGAGAGAGAACGAGAGCAGGCUGAGUGAAAGCAAAAGGAUUAAUGUGAUGCUGGUAUCAAUUGUUGUGACUUUUGCAGCUUGCUGGCUGCCUCUCAAUAUAUUCAAUGUGGUCUUUGACUGGAACUACGAGGCACUAAUGAGCUGCAAUCACAACCUGGCAUUUACCAUCUGCCACCUCGUGGCCAUGAUCUCAACGUGUAUCAACCCCAUCUUCUAUGGAUUUCUGAACAGGAACUUUCAGAAGGAUUUGAUAGUAUUAGCUCACUACUGCAGAUGCUCAGCAUCACAGGAGGAAUAUGAAAAUAUUGCCCUUUCAAAUCUGCAAACUGAUGCAUCUAAAGGGUCUCUGAAAUUAAAUAAUCCCCAUGUGGAGAUAUAAAAGAAUCCAACAGCAGUUUCCAAAAUUUUGUGUUUUGUUGCAGAUGGCCUCUUUCUGUAGGUCUUGGUCAUGUUACCAUCAAGUUUAGAGGAAGUUUUUACAUUUAAUUCAGCAAAAUCAGGAUUAUGCUUCCAUAGGCAUACUCUUAACAGGUACUUAAUGAUAGUGUUAAUGCUAAUAAACCACUUCCAAGAGUCAUAAAGAUCAAUAAUAAGGAAUUAUAAACAGUAUUAACAUCUUACUUUUUUAAUCCACAGUUUCAAAGUCACUGGCAUCCAACCUUGGCUCUAAAAAAUCAUUUCCAUUUCAGCCACUGAUGGAAUGUCCUCCCUAAACACCAACUUCCCCCAAGUAAACCCUGAACGCUGUGGUGUUCCUAACUUCAGCAUCCUUUCUCACAGUUUUCUGGCCUUUUGAUUUUCCUGCCCUACACUGAUCCCAGCCCUGGUUAAUCUGCAGGUUACAGGCAGUUCACACUGUAAGGAAGGCCCCUGAAUUUAUCCUAAGCCUCCAUCACCUUCCUUUCAGCCCCAGCAUGCAGUUUGUUUUGGUUCAGUACCAGCCCAGCCCAGAAAUCGUAUUUUAACAAGGGAAAAGGCUAGAGCUGGAAUUCUAUCUUUUUUUUAUGAGCACUAAAGCAGUUGAAAACUUGAUUUGCUGCAAAGAUGUCUUCACUGAGAUUGUUCUUGCUGUUCAAGAUGAAAUACAUAUUUAGCAUUUCUCCUAAAAGCAUUGCAUUCUUCAAACCACCAGCACGGAUCAUUGCUUUUGCUCUUACCAUCACCACUGGUCCCUACAAUAGACCUUUUAGAAUCUCCAUUAUCAGACAAACACACUAUGAAUUUAGAGUAAAUUUUGUUUUAGCUACUUACCCAGAUUUCUCUUUGAGUAGAAAAUUAGGUCUGCAUCUUCAUUGCAGCAAUAUCUUUCUCCACAUUUCUG